CCAUUAUGAACCGUCCGGCCCCCGUGGAAAUUACUUAUGAAAAUCUGCGUUUCCUGAUCACUCACAACCCAACCAAUGCAACCCUCAGCAAGUUCAUCGAGGAGCUGAAGAAAUAUGGGGUGACAACUUUGGUGCGAGUUUGUGAUGCCACUUAUGAUCAAGCUCCAAUCGAGAAAGAAGGAAUCCAAGUUCUAGACUGGCCAUUUGAUGAUGGAGCACCACCCCCCAGCCAGAUAAUGGUUGUUAAACAUUCAUUG